GGUGCAUUUAUUAGAUAAAACUGUUUGGCAUGUUUGAAACCACUGAUAAAAUAAUUGAACAGGAGCAUUUUUAUCAAGAGAUAAAAUCGAAACAGUCGAACUAGGAAGUCUUGUAAUCAUAAUUGUAAUCAUACCAAAGUUUCUUAAAAGUGUAACAGAUCGCUUUUUCUCCGGAAAGUUAAUUACCUUGGAAUUUAUGAUAUAUAUUUUUUGAAUUAAAAAUUUUUUUCAUGAGUUUCUGUUAGAAGUUACCUGCACCUUAUUGCAAUGUGUAAAGGUUAUAUAGUAGCAGUGCAGAAUCUUGGAAUACACAGAUGAAAAGAAAUGUAUAGGGACAGAGGAUACCAAGAUUUUGAUAAUCGGGACGGGGAGCCGGGUUAUUUUAAUCCUGCACAGGGAUACAAGGAUGAAUACAGGGGUCACAGUGACUUCCAGGGAAGAGAGGUCAGGCCAGAUACACCUAUGAGGGGUCACAGGGAGCAUUUUGAUGAUAUAGGUUAUUCUCAGAGAAAUGAAUCGGGGGAAAUUUUCGAUGGAAAUUUUGGAAGAGAAAGAUAUGAUAGGCAUGGAUAUUUGAAACUUCAGCAUAAUGAUUAUUUACAUCCUCCCUCACAGGAGAGGCACAAAGGCUAUACUAAUGAAGUUGAAGCUGCCAGCAGGAAUAGCAGAAAUGACAACUUCGAAAGUGGGAGGUCAGAAAACGAUGCUGGUUACUAUAACAAACAUCAGAAUCCUCUACCAGGUUAUAGAAAUAGCAGUGAUGAAAUUGAAAUGCGGAAUAUUAAUCAAGAGGAACACUUUGAUAGAGAGAGGUAUGGAAACCCCUCUCCCCACCAUUUCUAUGACACAGGUCCUCAUGGUAACUUUCCUACACAUCACGUUCAAGAUGAUGGUGAUUACUAUGAGGAUUCAGACAAUGUGGGAGAACACAGACAAGUUAGGUCAGAGUUUGAUGUUAAUCGUGAGAGAGACAGACAGGAACGACAGGAAAGUGAAUACUAUGAUUUUGAUAAGCCUAAAGGGGGCAAUGCACGGUAUGGUAGGUCUGAGGGCAGGUCUAGGCUCUAUCACAGUCAACCUGACCUAAUUGAUGGACAUCGUAAUCUAGGGUUUGAGAUUGAAGCAGAUUAUGAAGAUGCCCAUAAUUACAGGCCUAAAGUUCACAGAGGGCUGUCACUUCGACGUAGAUCUAGAAAAAGCCACAGAGAGCAUAGACGAGAAUUUCAAAGUGAUCAGCGGAUAUCAUUUGCAGACGGCAUGAAGACCAUAAUUCAGCGGCGUAAAUCACAUGGCAUACGUAGACCAAUGUCAGAGAUUGCGUCAGGUUCUAGAAUGAGCAGAGCUGGGUCUGUCAUUAAUGGCUCUGUAUAUGCAGAUGAUGAAGAAGAUGAAGACAAAUUGCCAAGCAACAGAAAUUAUAAAAGGAAAAGCUUAAGAUACAGGCUAGAGAACCUGCAAAAGGAACGUCCAGUCAGUUCGCAUGAUAUGGCAACUUUUCUCAGGGACCAGGUGUUGUCACGGGAAGCCUCCAAGUUAAAAGGAUGGGAACUGCGCAAAUACCAAAUGUCUAUGCAAUGGCAAAGAUUCACAAACUGGUUUAAAAGUUGGGUUUACCAGCUUGAACUUUGGGCAGGGGCUUUCAAGGUCAUAGAAGGUCAUUUUGGAACGUCGACUGUGUCGUAUUUUAGGUUCCUACGCUGGUUGAUGUUCCUGAACCUGUUCAUGACGCUGAUCAUGUUCAGCGUAGUUCUUCUGCCUUUCUUACUACUAGACCUUGGCAAAGAUAGUAGUUUUAAGGCGUCAGUAAAUGAAUGUUCCUCAAUACCUCACAAUAUGGCAGUAUUCUACAGUACUAACUACACAAAUGAUGUAAAAAUAAAGGUGCACAACUCUUCUACAGCCAACCAAGUUCAGGAUGUUCUCCAAGGAACGGGUUGGAUGGAGAACACUGUUUUAUUUUACGGAGCGUACCACAAUAAGACAGGCUACCUAGCAACAGGAGAUGCCUUCACAUACAACAUGUCCUUGGCAUAUCUCUGUGCAGUAGGACUCGCAUUCAUUCUGAGUUUCAUUCUGCUUGUGAAAAACUCAGCAAAAGGCUUGAAGCAGAGUGCGGUAUCAUCUGUCGGUGGAAACAUCACCCUUUACUGCAAUAAGGUGUUUGGAGCCUGGGACUACUGUAUCUCAGAAUCGAAAACAGCUCAGCUAAAACAUUCCAACUUACUGCAGGACUUUAAGAAUGAGUUGGAAUAUCAGAGACUGCAGUGGAAGAAGGAAAGUCGAACAACAAAGGAAAAGUUCAAGCUGUAUACAAUCCGAGUUUUGAUCAACAUUCUUGUUAUACUUAUACUUGGUGGUGCCUUAUUUCUCAUAUACUUCACUAACCAAAAACUUGUCGAGCUAGAGAAGUCAGACUCAUUGAGCAAGACAGUAGCUCUGAUGAUGCAGUACCUCCCAUCCAUUACAAUUAUGUUACUUAGUGUCAUUGUACCAACUUUAUUUGACAAGUUGGUUAUUGCGGAGGACUACAUGCCAGCUUUUGCCAUCCGAAUUACUCUGAUAAGGACAGUAUUACUGAGAUUGGCAUCGUUAGGUAUAUUGAUGAUAUCCUUGUACACAACUCUACAUCCAGAGAAGAAAGAUCCAGAGGUACUCAUACCAUGUGAUAAUCUUAUAGUCAGCACUGACAACAUAACCACAGUGUCACCCGUACAGUUGACUACAGGAAGUGUAAAUACGACUUCAUUGCCAACAAGUGAGAAUACCACUUCAUCACCGGCACUGGAAAUACAGGAUAAAAAUAUUAUGUGUUGGGAGACAUAUGUUGGACAACAGAUAUACAAGCUUGUGAUGCUGAAUUUCAUUGUUGUUAUACUUGUCACACUUGGCUGGGAAUUUCCUAGAAAAUUCCUGUAUGAAAAGUUACAUGAGAAAUUAAAGAUUGUUGAAUUUGUUGGGCAGCAGACAUUUGACCUUUCUAAAAGUGUCCUUGAUCUUGUAUAUCUACAAACACUUUGUUGGCUAGGUGUGUUUUUCAGUCCAAUCAUUCCUGCAAUGUGCUUUGUCAAAUGCUUUAUUUUCUUCUAUGUUAAAAAGGGAUCUUUGCUAACCAACUGUUUACCUACGCAACAAUAUGGAACUUCCAAAUCCAACUCACUGUUCAUGAUGGUCCUACUUUUGUCAUUUUUCCUGGCGUCUAUACCAAUUAUAUUCAUGAUUGGAAGAAUUCCCCCAUCACAAGGCUGUGGACCAUUCCGAGUGCAUUCUUCACAAGAAUAUAUCAUGUUUGACGCAGUAACAAAUCUUGUUGACAGUUUUGCUGAGGCUAAAGAAGUCUUCUUUUUCAUGGGAACUGGUGGCUUUAUGGCAAUAGUUGCUCUGUGCCUAUGUCUGUUGAUGUACUAUUUCUGGAUGGUUGGUCAAGCUAACCAUAAUUUAUCUAAAAGUCUCCGAGAACAACUCAAAAUUGAAGGACAGGACAAACAGUUCCUUGUGGCACGAGUAAAUGAGGCCUAUGCUGAUGACUUCCAGUAGUACAUACAAAACAUGCGUUGUGAUACUGAACAGGGAACGUGAUGAUGGAAGAAAAACCUGGAAAAUGAAAUAAAAGUUUUAUUCACUGAAUCUGUUACACUGUAAACAUUUCAGGAAUUAUUUGUAAACUUUAGAAGUGUUUACUCUUUACGCUGAUUCAGAUAUAUAAGGAUACUGUAGUGAAUUGAAACUUUACGAAAAGCAAAAGUGUUAACACCAAGUAACUGCAGUAAUGAAAACAGAUGACCAUUUUAUCUUAGAGGCUUCAUGACAUGGAUCAGCAUUUACAAAACUUCAUGAACUGUGGACUUGCUCUGUGAACUGUGAACUUGCUCCUACAGUAGGCCAGGGAACACAGAACAUUUCAAGUAUGAAUUUAGUCUGUGUUCAGAUCCUAUGUUUUGUUCACAGGAGAUAACUCCUGAGGCUAUUCAAAUUUUAUAUAAUCAUGUCCCUUUUCUUCUCAAAACAUAGCAGAGUCAAGACUGAUGAAGUCAAAAUAUAUAAAAGAAUUUUCUUUUUUCUUAAAAAAAAAAAAAAAAAGAUUAUCUAGUCGGUAGCCAGACUAGUAUGAAUUGUACAUGAGAGAAACUGUUACUCCAGAUUCAAAAAUUAGAAUGAAACACGACAUUACAUAUUUUGUGUAUACUCAGAUCUUUACACCAAAGAGUCUAGUUAAUUAGUCUUAAGUUGCCUUACACUUUAAACAGUAUUCUAUAUACAGUAUGUAUUUUUGUUCAAUAAGCAGAUAUACAAAAAUAUUUUACACUUGUUUUAAAACAUUUGUUAAUCUGUGAUAAGACUUUAGCCUGCAUGGUGUAAAGCAAACAUACACCUAACUCUGAUAGAAAACAAUGUUAGUGAAUUUAGUUCAUGGUGGGACCUCUCAAGCUGGCGACUCCUGGCUUUGUGGUCUGGUGUCUAUCACUGCAUCCACGUAAGAAAUGAAAUACAUUUUUCUGUAUUCAUGUGAGAAAAAAAAUGAAUGACAGAAGAGGAUCGGCAAAUUCAUGAGUCGUGCUAGUGAUUCAUGUUUAAUUUGCCCAUCCUAUUCUGUCGUUCAUUUCACAUGAACACCAAAAAGUUUCAUUUCUUAUAUUUACAUUAUAUUUCCUUUCCUGGCAUUUGUAAACAAUACUGUAUCAUAAAUUUCACACAUUUUGUUCCAUUUAACAUUAAAAUCAGCUUCCUGGCCAUUCUGUUCAUCAGCCGGAACAACUGCGACUAAGGAACAUUCUCCCUGACUAUAUGUGGACGUUGUCAAAACAGCAGCUCGUUAUCUCUAUGCAGCGUUGACGUAACUUUCACGCCUUUCCUUUUGUUAUUCAUAUGAAAUGAACGUCAUAAUUUUCAGUGGAAAAGAAUAAGGCAAAUGUAAAUACUACAAUUUUGAAUUUUAUUUUUUAAUUCCACUUUAAUAUCAAAGGUUGCAUGAUAGACUAGCACCAUUUAUAAAUGCCACUUUUAUAACUUAAUGUUGCAUAAUAGCUUGGCACCAGUUGUAAAUGCCACUUUUAUAUGGCACCAGUUUUAAAUGCCACUUUUGUAGCUUAGGUUAGAUUGUAUAACAGACUGGCACCAGUUGUAAAUGCCACUUUUAUAGCUAAGGUUGUAUAAUAGACUGGCACCAGUUGUAAAUGCCACUUUUAUAGCUAAGGUUGCAUAACAGACUGGCACCAGUUGUAAAUGCCACUUUUAUAGCUAAGAUUGCAUAACAGACUGGCACCAGUUGUAAAUGCCACUGUUGUAGAUAAGGUUGCAUAACAGACUGGCACCAGUUGUAAAUGCUACUUUUAUAGAUAAGGUUGCAUAACAGACUGGCACCAGUUGUAACUGCCACUUUUAUAGCUAAGGUUGCAUAACAGACUGGCACCAGUUGUAAGUACCACAUUUAUAGCUAAGGUUUCAUAACAGACUGGCACCAGUCCUUAGAGUCCACUCUGCCGUGAUAUCCUUUAUGGUAGGACUGUUGCAGCAUUGUAAUGUGUGACCUCUGUAGUUUCCUUUGGUGUUCCAGGAAUAAAAGUCAUAUGCCAAAAGCUAAGCCUAAAGUUGUUCAUUGUGUUUUAUCUAUUGCAAGACUCAUUAUUAUGUUACUUUUGUUUUCAUUAGAAAUCUUGACGAAGAAAACAAAUCUUUUAUAACCAUGGUGCCAGUGAUAUUGGCAAAAUUUUAAUAGAAAAUGUUGAAUUUCAUAUUUUUUUAAUUUGAUAUAUUGAUACAAAAAAUCUAUAGACAAAAAAGAGCACAAUGUCUAAAACUUGUAUGUUCUCCAGAUACUAGCAAAUAUGCUGUAAUACACAUUUUUCUUUGUCAGUUUUAUUAACUGAAAUAAAAAACAUGUGUAAGUAAAUACUAAUCAGAACUUUUAUGAUUUUUUUUAUAUGUCCGAAGGGACAUAUUAUGUUAUACCCCUGGUGUCCGUCCGUUAGCAAUUUUGUGUCUGCUCUAUAACACAUAAACCCCUUGAAGGAUUUCAAAGAAACUUGACACAAAUGUUCACCACAUCAAGACGAUGUGCAGGGCGCAUGUUUUGGAUGGCUCACUUCAAGGUCACACUUAGGGGUCAAAGGUCAUAUGACUUUGUUUUGUGUCUGCUCUGUUACUCUAACUGUUUGAAAGAUUUCAAAGAAACUUGGCACAAAUGUUCACCACAUCAAGACGAUGUGCAGAGUUUAUGUUUCGGAUGGCUUGCUUCAAAGUCAAGAUCACACUUGGGGGUCAAAGGUCAUAUGACUGUUUUGUGUGUAUAUUGCUCUGCAUUGCGAAGCUCUUGUUUUUAUUUGGCAGAUCAUUAUUCACCUACAACAAUUUUUUGUAUCCCCUGAACAACGAAGUUGUAAGGGGGGUUAUACUGGUUUCAGGUUGUCUGUCCGUCUGUCUGUAGACACAAUCUUGUGUGCACCAUCUCUCCUCAUCCCCUUGGCACAAUUUAAUGAAACUUCACACAAGUGAUCAGUAACAACAGUAGUUGUGCAUAGUGCAUGUUAGGUUCUUUCAGAAAAAUUGCAGAGUUACAGAACUUUGUUUUUUGUUACUUUACUAUAUACAUAGUCUGCAUAUGCAGUCUUGUGUGCGCUAAAUCUCCUGGAUCCAUGCACACAAUUUAAUGAAACUUCACACAAGUGAUCAGUAGUAACCCUAGUUGUGCUUGGUGCAUGUUAGGUUCUUUCAGAAAAAAAAUCUGCACAGUUAUUGGACUUUGUUUUUUGUUGACAUACUAUAUACAUACAGUCUGCAUAUGCAAUCUUGUGGGCGCACCUAAUCUCCUGAACCCUUGCACACAAUUUAAUGAAACUUCACACAAGUGAUCAGUACCAACCCUAGUUGUGCAUGGUGCAUGUUACGUUCUUUUAGAUACAUAUUCUGCAGAGUUAUGGGACUUUGUUUUUUGUUACUAUACUAUAUACAUAGAGUCUACAUAUGCAAUCUUGUGCGUGCCUAAUAUCCCGAACCAUUGCACACAAUUUAAUGAAAGUUCACACAAGUGAUCAAUACUAACCGUACUUGUGCAUGUUAGGUUCUUUCAGAAAAAUAUUCUGCAGAGUUAUGGGACUUCGAUUUUUAUUACUAUACUAUAUACAGUCCACAUAAUUAUGCAAUCUUGUGUGCGUCCAAUUGCAAUGUACAGUGUCAGUGCAUGUGGGGGCGGGGUGUCAGUCACCUUCAGUGAUCGCUUUUAAUUUCUUCCCUUUUAUAUUACUAUAAAUAGCUUAUUUUGUAACUUUUUUAUUAUUGGUUGUAGGGAAAAACCUUUUCUGUGAUACAACAUGGAUGGUACCUCCAAUUUUUAUGUGUAUUUUGAUAUAUCUGUACCUUGUAUUGAUUUUUUUUGUGGACUUAGAAGUUUUAUUUUGGAAUUUCUUCCUUUUGUUGUUCCUGCCCUUUGGGCUUCAACAGUCAAGUUCUUUAAAUUUUACUCCCAUCCUCUGAUAUAACCCUUCGGUCACACUUAGGGGUCAAAGGUCAUACCUUCGGACAUAUAUUGAAUGAUAUAAUUAUAGCAGUCAUGUUUGCGGAAUAAUUUCAUGAGGGUGUAGCCGAGUGAAUUAUGCACCAGGUGUAUAACCAACUUGUAUUGUUGAGAUAUGUUAAAUUAUGGUUCUUCAAAAUAUUAUUUCAUUUCUAAUAUGCCUUUUAUGUACACAAGUAGAUGAGUUAUGGAAGCAAAAUAUGAUACACUUACCUUCACUGUUACCUCACAUCUGUUUGUUUUGAUGUGUAGUUUGUUGCAUUUUUCCUUUGCAAAUGGAGUUAUGUAAAAUUGUAUUUAAAUAGACUAUGUAUGAUUAAUUGUUUUAACUGUUGAAACUUUAUGAAGUUUAAUAUUAUUUUCAUGAAUAAAAAUGUUGAACAGUU